ACUACAUUAAGCUAAAUUUUCUCAUCUGGCUGUUACCUGGUAGCAUAGACUCUGUUGAGGAUAACGCGAAAUUAAACCGUUUUUGCAACUCUUAACAAAGACAGCCCAAUAUAGCGUUUGAGUUAGCUAGUUAAUCCUUAAGUUACAAAGACACACAAUACUGUGACUUUAACGGACAACGGUGAUUCGGCGUGCUAGCUAGAAAGAAAAAAAAAUCCUCAACAUCCUUAACGUAACAUUCACUGAUGUUAACGUCCAUAUUUUUAUGUCUCGCUGUCGUUUUCGGGUCUCUCCGGCGUUAUUAAUUGCUGGGUUUCUAUCUACCAAGAUGUAUGGGAUGUCGGGAUGACAGGAAGAUGGCAAACGGGGUUGGAAAACACAAGCUGCUUGUCAUUGGACCAACAGAGCCAUGGUCAGUGAGGGAGAAGCUGUGUUUGGCCACAUCUGUCAUGAAGAGUGGAGACCAGAACUGGGUAUCUGUCAGUCGAGCCAUCAAACCAUUUGCAGAACCUGGGCGUCCACCUGACUGGUUUUCUCAAAAGCACUGUGCCUCCAAGUACUCUGAGCUCCUGGAAACAACAGAGGCCCCAAAGAGGAAGCGUGGUGAGAAAGGUGAAGUGGUGGAGACAGUGGAGGAUGUGAUAGUACGCAGGCUGACAGCCGAGAGGAUUGAUGAACUAAAAAAGUUGAUCAAAGAAACACAGGAGAAGCACAGGAAGCUGAGGAGAGAGGCUGAACUGAUUCAAACUGGACAUCUAGAUUCCAAACUAGAACAUUUAUGGGAAGGAAUUCUGCAGAAGAAGAAACUGGAGGAGGAGGAAGCAGAGUUAAAAAGAAAAAACACAGAUGCUUCUUAUCAGGCCAGACAGGUGGCAAAGAGCACGCCUAAGCGAGUGCCCGGUGUCACCAUGCAUUCGCCCUCAGGGUGCAACUCCCCAAACCAGGAGUACUCACCAGGUGACCCACUCGAGAGCUUAACUCUGGAUCUUGCAUCCGCAAAGAAUGCUUCAGGAUCAGCCAAGUUAAUGACAUUUGCUGAGUCUUCUGGCCUUGGUAGUGAUGACAUCAGCCACGGGUCACUUCUGGAUGACCCCACCCAAAAGAAACUCCUGGGCCAGAAAGCCACACCACCACCAUCUCCACUCCUGUCAGAGUUACUGAAGAAAGGCAGUAUCUUGGCCUCAAAUUCAAGACUGAUUGGGGAGGGUGACGUGUCCACUGGUAAUAUGACAGGAGCACAUGACUUGCAGCUGGCUCCACCUACUCAACCUCUCUCUCAGGCAACAGGUGCCCCGAUGUUGUCUCGUCUCCUGGAGGCGGGUCCCACCCAGUUUUCUGCCCCAUUAGGUUUCAUGGUCAGUGCAGACUCAGCCUCCAGUGCCCCUCUCUCUACUGCCACUCCUCUUCCUGUUGACUCUACUGCCUCAGCAAGCACAGAGGAUAAGGUGUCAGGGCUCAGUGAGGAGGAUGUGACUGUGUCCUACAUGGGAGAUGAGCUGGACCUGAAGACGGUGGGGGACAUUAUCGCCAUCAUUGAAGACAAGGCAGAUGAGGCAGCAGAGGCUCUGGAUGCAGCUGCAGUUGAGGCUGCUCUGUCCCUGUGUGAGGAGAAUGGCCAUGCUCUGUCUGGUGCCUGGGAGGCAGGGCCUUUCCAGCCCCACGAGUCUCACCCCACAGUGUCCACAGGGAUCCCACAGUCCUCAUCUCUUCACUGUAGCCUGGAGGGGAAGACAGAAGUGUUACAAGUUCAGAAUGAGACUUCUGCUUCACUCUCCUCUCUGUGCAACAGUCAAGAUAACUGUCUUGCAGCAUUCCCCAUGGGACUAAGGAGUGUUCCUCCCACCUCCUCAUCCUCAUGCAACCUGAAGAGUGUGGAGCACUGCCACACUGGAGCACCUCCACGGCCUCAGGCAAUGAGAAAGACUGGAGAGGUGGUGCACCCAAAGAGCCAAAUUUCAUUGGAUGUUAGCAUAAAAUGUGAGAGCGAGAAGUGGGCACAGCAAAGACCAAUUAAAUCUCAUGCAGACUCUGUAUUAGAAGAUAGCCCACUGACAGAAAGGCAUCCCAAGGGGAUGAAGGCAGAGAAUGGAAUAAGGGUUGGGCGAGGAGAGAAUGCCUCAGGGACUAAAGUGGACAAUGAGGUCAACGGGCCAGAAGCGUGUGGAGAAGAGGAGGGUGAUGGAGUGGAGGGAUUCUUGUCAGAGCCCGACGGCGAGAUGGAGCUAGAACCUGCGGCCAGUGAGAGUGAGGAUGGAUACAGCCUCCACACGGCUUCCUCAUCUCUGCAGCUCCACACAACCGCAGACUCCAUCCCCAGCAGUCCUGCCUCAUCGCAGUUUUCUGUGUGCAGCGAGGACCUGGAAGCACUACAGGCUCACAAGAUCUGGAAGAAAGCCAUUAUGCUGGUGUGGCGUGCAGCGGCCAAUCACAGGUAUGCAAAUGUCUUCCUGCAGCCAGUAACAGAUGAAAUUGCACCUGGAUAUCACAGUAUUGUGCACAGGCCCAUGGACCUGGCCACUAUAAAGAAGAACAUUGAGACUGGUUUGAUACGGACCACCGCUGAGUUCCAGAGGGACAUCAUGCUGAUGUUUCAGAACGCUGUCAUGUACAACAGCCUGGAUCAUGAUGUGUACCACAUGGCUCUGGAGAUGCAGCGUGACGUCCUGGAGCAGAUCCAGCAGUUUCUAGCUACCCAGCUCAUCAUGGAGACUUCAGAGUCUGGUAUCAGCGCCAAGAGUCUGAGGGGCCGUGAGAGCACACGCAAACAGGACUCUACUGACAAGGACACUGUCUCCAUGUCUUCUCCUGCCUUCCUCCUUUCUCUUUUUGAUGGAGGCACCAGAGGGCGCCGUUGUGCCAUAGAAGCUGACCUCAAGAUGAAGAAAUGAACAUGCAGGAUGAAAAUAUUUCCAACAGUGUUCCUGAGUUGAAGUGAAAGGUGUGAUACCACAAGACUGAACUUAUUCUCUUUCUGUCAGUUGCACAGAUUCUCACUCUGCAUAAUGUGCAGUGUAACCUUUAUUUGCACUCUAGAUAAAAUGGUAGACUGUAAUGUGGAGAGGCUCAUUUCUUCUGAGACAGCCAUACAGACAUGGAUUACAUACUGUAUAAUCCCAGAUUACAAUGGGACAUUCAGAAAGACUAGGUCAAACCUUCCAUAGACGUAGCUGCAGAUCACUAAGACUUAGCCUGCUCUGAAUUUCAUCAGGUUAUAGAAAUGAAGAUAAAAGUUGUUCCUAGCCUAUAAAUGGGCUGAAAUUAAGACUACAGGGGGCCUGGUUGAACUCCAGAUUAGUGUGUUUGAUUUUGAUCAUAUGUAAAACCAGAGGCCAAAGACUGAUUAAUCUAAUUUCUGAUUGUCUGAGUGAUCAGGGGGCCACAUACUAAUUUCAACAUUUACAUUGCUGGUAUUAACUCAUUUGAGUUUGUUUGGUUUUUUUUUCAGUUUUUCAAUUUUAAAAUGUUUGUGAUGAAUUGAUUUUUAUCUAUGGUACACUUCCUGUGAAACAGUACCUCCCUACAUACUCUCUUUUCAGUGUUUUUGAAAAAAAUGUCAUGUUAAAAUUCUGUUUUGUGGACUUUAAAAUGUUAGAACAAUAAAACUAUAAAGCGCCCCAAACCUAUUAUGUUAAGCUUGAAUUUGCACAAAUUUUUCCACAGUGCCAAGCCAAAACACACCAGUAACUGUUGCAACCUAACUGAUGUUUUAAGAGCUGAUUUUUUUUGUGCAAAAAUAAGUGAAACAAGGCUUGUAAUCUUCCUUUGGGGAAUUUCAAUAGUUUUCAUUUUAUAUUCUUCUUUUAGUAUAAAAGUCUGCUUUGCCUAAUUUUUGACACUGGUGUUUAAUCCACUGUGUAUCAAUGGGGAAUCUUACACAUUUUCUCAGGAUUGGGUUUAGGAAUCUGGUGAAACUGCAGUGGCCACAUUGCAUGAAUUUGCUAAGAGCUACAAGAGCAUUACAAGAGAAGCAAGUUACCACUUCUGUGCUUCAUAUAAUUUCUCUAAGCAGUUGUUACACAGUGCUGUCAAUACACACAGGGGACACAGCAAAGCUUCAACAAAGCUGCCACUCUGGUGUAGGAACAUUAAUUAAGGAUUUUGCAAACUGGAUUUUGUUUACUUGUGUUCAGUGUUAUUUAAAU